UUCACUAGUACCUCUAACCCCGAUCUUUCAUUAAUACAAAUCCUCGUUCAGCAUCAAAGUUUUUUUUUGUUAGUCUCCUCCAAGUUUAAAACAUGGCCUCUAAGAUUUUCUCUCAGAUCACAAUGCAACUGCUGAUGCUUGCAUUGGUUUUCAAUGUUGUUUUCGCUGGAAGAGUCCUCCUCCAAGAAAAUAUGCUUUUUCAAUACCACAAGGGCCCUCUCCUUACAGGGAAAGUCUCAAUUAAUCUCAUUUGGUAUGGACAAUUCAAGCCAUCCCAAAGAGCUGUUAUAUCUGAUUUCAUUACCUCCCUCUCAUCGCCCCAAUCGCAAGUCCAGCCCUCAGUUGCAGCUUGGAUCAAGUCCACUGAUAAAUACUACAGCCUGAUCAAGUCCAAGAAUCCAGUCGAGCUCGCACUUGGCACCCAAAUUCUGGACGAGAAAUAUUCUUUAGGCAAACCCCUGAAAAUGCAGCAAAUUGAACAGCUGGCUGCCAAGAAUGGCCAAGUCAAUGCCAUCAAUGUAGUCCUGACUUCGUCCGACGUAGCUGUUGAAGGGUUCUGCUCUAGCAAAUGCGGGACUCAUGGUUCUCUCCCUUCCAAACAAACUACAAUCGUUCAGAAGAACAAAAGUAAUGCUCAAAAGUUUACUUAUAUUUGGGUUGGAAAUUCAGAAACUCAGUGCCCGGGUCAAUGUGCCUGGCCAUUCCACCAGCCCCUCUACGGACCACAGAGCCCACCGUUGGUUGCACCAAACAAUGAUGUGGGUAUGGAUGGAAUGGUGAUCAAUCUGGCUAGCCUUUUGGCCGGGACUGUCACCAACCCUUUUGGGAAUGGCUACUAUCAGGGACCAGCAACUGCACCACUUGAGGCUGCAUCGGCAUGUCCCGGAAUUUAUGCUAAAGGGGCUUAUCCGGGCUAUGCCGGGAACUUGCUUGUGGACUCUGCAACUGGUGCUAGCUACAACUGCAAUGGCGUCAACGGAAGGAAGUACUUGCUUCCUGCUCUUUUUGAUCCCACCUCAAAUUCGUGUUCCACUUUGGUUUGAACUUCUUAAUUAUAGGUGUGGCUUGUACAUAGAAAUUAUGAUAUGUGAGGAUGGCCAAAAAAAAA